AUAUAAAAUAUAAAAGUGCGGCCCGUGUUUUAAAUAACAAUAUUGGUAGUAACACAAUAUGAAGAUUCUAAUUAUUUUGAGCCUCGCAGUGGUCGCGGUGUCUGCCGUGCAACCGCGUUUCCAAAGGAUCGUUGGUGGCUCGGUGACAGACAUUAGCAAAUACCCAUAUGCCGUCGCAAUGUUGUAUUCUCGUACAGGCGGUGGUGUACACAACCAGAACUGUGGUGGAACCAUCAUAAACAACCGAUCUGUGUUAUCCGCUGCCCAUUGCUACAUAGGAGAUACUGUUCGGCAAUGGCGUAUGCGUGUUGGUUCAACUCACAGUAACAAUGGUGGUGUAGUGCACAACACCAACGCCAUCAUACUCCAUCCUCAGUACAACAGUAGAAUCCUUGACAACGACGUGGCAAUUGUUCGUUCCAACACAGCAUUCAACUUCAAUGCCAAUGUGGCCAGAGGAUCUAUUGCCAGCUCCAACUACUGGCUUCCUGACAACGCACCUGUCUGGGCAAUCGGCUGGGGAUGGACGUCCUCAUACGGACCCGCAUCAAUCCAACUCCGAGAGGUACAACUGUACACCGUGAAUCUGCAAACUUGCAUCAACCGCUACAGGGAAAUCGGCAACGUGGUAAACUCUAACAUGUUGUGUGUUGGUAUCUUGGACGUCGGUGGCCGCGACCAGUGCGGUGGUGACUCUGGUGGUCCCCUCCUCCAUAACAACGCCGUUGUUGGUGUCUGCUCUUGGGGCCACAUGGACUGCGGCCACCCAAGAUACCCAGGUGUUAAUGCACUCGUGUCCCGUUACACAAGUUGGAUCCAGGCAAACGCUUAAAUUCAGAAAUAUUUAUCUUCUUCUUCAAGUGCCUCUCCAUUACUGGAGGUUAGCCGUCAGUUUCCUGAAACGCGUCUCGUCCUGCGCCAGAUGCAGUAAUAUUUAUACGUUAAAGUAAAUAAUUGUCAAUUAUACUAUAUGCUGAAUAG